CUAAUGCUUCAGGGAGCUCGCUUUGCGAUUUGAGGAUAUCUGCAUGUUGUCUGCGUUUUACUCUUAGGAGCUUGAUUUGGACAACGAGGAGCAAGCAGCAGUGGAAUUGUUUGAAGAGCUCCUGGAGGUGAUUACACACACUGUUACUAAGCUUAUCUUAGAUUAGAAGAGAAAAGAAACAUCUACUUUACUAAUUUAACUCUGUGCAGUAAUGUGUAAGUUUAAAUAAGCUACGUUUAUUUAUAUGAAUCAUUAACAGCUGAUUAUUUAACACCGACAUUACAGAAAAGAGAUAGAAAUUCCACUUUUUGGCCACUAGUAAUAAAAAGCAUGGACAAAGAAUUGAAAAAGUCUCUGACUGGGACUGCUUCUCUAAAACACCAAGCUUUACUUUUAAAAUCUUAUUGACAUUUAAUGAAAAGUAGUGAAAGCUUCAAAGAAAUUCAUUCACAGUUGUUGAAUUUAGAGAGCUUAAAUCUUACUCCUAAAAUAAAAGCUGUUCAAAAAUCAUUGAAUCAUUGGAUUACACGUGAUUUAUCCUUAUUGGGUCAAAUCUUAUUGUCUAAAACAGAAGGUUCAUCGAAGCUUAUUUAUCUGUCAUUCCCUUUAUACUUCAUCAAAAGUAAUCAAAUCAUUUAACUCCAUGAUAUUUAAACUAUUAUGGAAGAAUAAAACUCAUUACCUGCACAAAUCUUAAUUGUUGAAUUUAGAAAUAUGUCUCAUUUUAGUUCCAGAUAUGCUGGUAAGUUUUGGGUUCAAUUUGUGCAGCAAUAUUUUUAUUUUUCAGUAAAUGUUACAGUAUUUUCUGUUUUAUUUCUGCCAUAAACAUGUGUUACUACUAACUCUUACUAGUUUGUCCUCUUAUUAUCCUACAACAUUUUUUUGUAUUAAUCUCAUAUAUUUAGAUAUAAUGGAAUAUCCAUACCCUGAUAUGGAACAAUCCAUCCAGUCACUUUGCAUAUCAUUAAUUGGUUCUAGAUGUUCACCUACCACACCCUAGAUACAGAUGAUGAGUUACUAAUAGUUGGCUAAUGGCUGUGAAAUGGCCUGUUGUUGAGCUGUUUUUUUCCUUAGGUGUACUUAAGAGACACUGGUGUACUCACUGAGGAUUCUGCUUUGAGAUUACUGGGAUCAUUUUAACUUGGUAUACUUAAAGGAGAUAUUCUGCCAUUUUAGUUGAGGUCCUCACACAGAAGACUGCUGUAAAAUAACAGAUUUCAACUUAUGAAACGUCAUUGUCUGGCUGUUUUCACACUAGAAAUCAAAACAGAGGGAUUUGUGCAGAAUGGACAAGGGUUCAAUUCACUACUGCUCACAGUGUGGGAAGAGUUUUGCCAAGCCAAGUAUUCUCAAACAACACAUGCGCAUUCACACGGGAGAGAAACCAUUUUGCUGUUCACAAUGUGGAAAGAGUUUUGCCAGCCUGAGUAAUCUCAGACAACACAUGCACAUUCACACAGCAGAGAAACCAUUUUGCUGUUCACAAUGUGGAAAGAGUUUUUGGAAAAAAUUUCAUGUAAAACUUCAUGAGCGCAUUCACACAGGAGAGAAGCCGUAUCAUUGCUCACACUGUGAGAAGAGUUUUACAUGGUCAGGUGCUUUAAAAUCUCACCAGAGCAUUCACACAGGAGAGAAGCCAUAUUACUGCUCACACUGUGGGAAGAAUUUUAGACAAUUAUGCACUUUUAAAAUUCACGAACGCAUUCACACAGGAGAGAAGCCAUUUUUCUGCUCACACUGUGGAAAGAAUUUUGCGCAUUUACAAAAUUUAAAAAGCCACCAGCUCAUUCACACUAAAGAUAAGCAACAUAAGUGCUCACACUGUGAGAAGAGUUUUACACAGCUAAGUGCUUUAAAAACUCACCAGCACAUUCACACAGGAGAGAAGCCGUAUCAGUGUUCACACUGUGGGAAAAGUUUUACACAGCUAAGUUCUUUAAACUCUCACCAGCUCAUUCACACAGGAGAGAAGCCCUAUUGCUGUUCAUACUGUGGAAAGAAUUUUAAAUGUAUAAAUGAUUUAAAAAUUCACCAGCGUGUUCACACAGGAGAGAAGCCAUAUCACUGCUCACACUGUGGGAAGAGUUUUGCACAUUCACAUAAUUUAAAAAGACACCAGGUCAUUCACACUAAAGAUAAGAAACAUAAGUGCUUACAGUGUGGGAAGAGUUUUACACAGCUAAGUUCUUUAAAAACUCACCAGCGUAUUCACACAGGAGAGAAGCCAUAUCACUGUUCACACUGUGGAAAGAGUUUUAGACGGACAUGUGAUUUAAAAACUCACCAGCGUGUUCACACAGGAGAGAAGCCAUAUCAAUGCUCACACUGUGGGAAGAGUUUUACACAUUCAAGUGCUUUAAAAACUCACCAGCGCAUUCACACAGGAGAAAAACCGUAUCACUGCUCACACUGUGGGAAGAGUUUUAGACGGUCAGGUGCUUUAAAAACUCACCAGCUCAUUCACACAGGAGUGAAGCCAUAUUACUGCUCAAACUGUGGGAAGAAUUUUGCACGUUCACAUCAUUUAAAAAGCCACCAGCUCAUUCACACUAAAGAUAAGUAAUAUAAGUGCUCACGCUGUGGGAAGAGUUUUAAAUGUUUAAAGGAUUUAAAAACUCACCAGCGCAUUCACACAGGGUAGAAGCCGUAUCAGUGCUCACACUGUGGGAAGAGUUUUACACAGUCAAGUGCUUUAAAAAUUCACCAACACUUGUAGGAGUGAAACCAUAUUAAUGUACACACUGUGGGAAUACUUGUACCUGUUCAGGUGAUUUGAAAAAGCACCAGCUUAUUUACAAGACGGAGAAAUGUAUUGCUGAUCACAAUGUGUGAAGUGUUGUAUAGAUUUAAGUAAGUACAUUUACACAAAAUAAAGUACGUUUUAAAAGGCAUUAGAUGAUUUAUAGAAAGGAGAACUCAUACUAUAUACACACAGUGUAUAUAUAUAUAUAUAUAUAUAUAUAUAUAUAUAUUUUUUUUUUUCAUGUUCUGAAUCUGCAAUGAUUGUAAAGACUUUCCACUGCCUGAUAAGGAGUAGGAAGACAUGAUAGACUUAUAAGAUUUAGUGAAUCAAAUUUUAUUGUCUGCCAUGUUUACUGUAUACUGUUUUAAAUAACAAUGUAUUCACUUGUCUAGAAAAGUUUACUUAAGAACAAUUUUAAUUUUUGAAUUUUACACUAAUAAUUUUUUCAUUAAAAAAACCCUUCUAUGUUACAACUCUCAGAGUGUAGGUAUGAACUCACUAUUCAGUAUGUUCAGUGCAGGUUGGUUCAUUAUAGACUCCAGUCUAAGCUUUACUCUGUGCAGCCAAAACCUAGACUGGGCUGUAACAGUUUACCAUUGUAAACUCACAGUAGUGUUGUUCUGUGAAUGUGAUUAAAAUAAACAUUAUUGACUGUAAUGUUUUCUAUAUAAUUAUAUAGCUUGAUUUUCCAUUUCUUCUCUAUGAUUUAAGCAAAUACCUCCAUCUCUGCUAAGUUUGCUAUUUCUCAAAUGCCUAGCGGAAAGUCACCAGGUCCAGGUGGCCCCACGACAGAGUUCUAUAAAUUCUUUUGGGCCGAUAUUAAAGAUCUUAUAUAUGAUGCUUUUAAGGAGUGUAUUAAUAAUUCUGUUUUGUCACCAACAAUGAAGAAAGGUAUAAUUAUGCUGAUAGCCAAACCAAACAAAGAUAAAAUGUCCAUGGACAAUUGGAAACCUAUUACACUUCUU